ACUUCAAAAAAUUAAAAACACAAUUUCGCGGUAAGAAAUAAAAAAAAAAUUGAAAUCAGUCUGUAGUAAGCAAUAGUCUACGAUAAAAAAUAACACUUAAAAAAAUAUAAAAACGUAGCAGAAAUAAACAUAUCCAGUAGACAUCGUUCUACACUCAUGAAUACAAAGCAACCAAAAACCUAGCUUGUGUGAGCAAAUCCUCCCGCCCAAAAAACUAAAACAAAUUAAUAAAAACACACAUUAAAGUGCAAAACAACUCCAUAGAAAAAAAAUCUGCUGUCUACACUGCAGAACUAAAAUCACACAAAUAUAAACGAAUUUAAGCAAAACAUCAAACAGCUAUCCGACACAACCAGUCCAUUUACGAGAAUUUACAUCAUACUAAGAACAAGGUGAGCUUAUCGCUCCGCCAUAUAAAUAAAAAAAAGUUUAUUUAGUAAAUAUGUCCAUGAUAGACGAUGUAACAUUCAUUGGAAACGACAAAGACUGCACUCAUAUUUCCCAAUCAUUUCGGGACCAAAAGCAAUUUGAAUUAUUCAUACGACGGAAUCAAUUAAUCAAAAUAAUUGAGGGCGCAACGGAAAACUUUGUAAAAAAAUAUCGUGAAAGCCAAAAACCUGAGCUGGCACUGGGACCUUUAUUUGUGCCACUGCGAUUAGAAUAUUCGGAAUUCAUUAAAAACGAUGCCAUUGAACUUUUGCAUCUGGCUGUAGAAGAGCCACUGCAAUUUUUUGACGCUGCAAAGUAUUGCAUAUAUGGAUUAGUCCGCGAACGUAUUAAAUUAGCUGCAAGUACGGAAGGUUGUGGAGCUCUUAAGGUUAUUGACAUUGAUCAGAUUCAUCUGCAAGUACGUUUUACUGGAUUGCCAUUGCAGAAAGAUCUGAAUUUCGCUCCAUUUAAAAAUAAUUGGCUGCCGGGCCUUUCUUGGACAACUGGUAUUAUAUCAGCAAUCUCUGAACCGCAAUUUGCAAUUUUACAAUCGAUUUGGUAUUGUUCAACUGGAUGCAACCGCAAUAAAAUUAAUACGGACUCUAUAAAUGCUCCUAUUUGCUAUACUUGUGGACGUUAUAUGAAUGAAUAUGCAAAAUUGCGUAUAACUGAGAAAUAUCAUUUACUGCGCAUACUACCAGCCUACAGCCUUGAAAACCCUAGGGUGACGGAUAAAAUUUUUCGUUCACUUACGAUUCACGUCAGAGAACACGUACAUGACUGUGAGCUUCGUCUCGGUAAAAGUUAUCUCAUAACAGGAUAUUACGAUUAUACACACACUGGGCAAAUAUUUCAAGCAUGGAGCGUAAUGACACAUUAGAAACCACGUUCGCUUCAAGC